CCUUAUGGACCUACUCAGUAUUACUCAGUAUUAAGUGGGUGGCUGUAAAGUUAUGGCUGAUAGAUACACUACCUGCGUGGAGUUUGCAUGUUGUUUUUGUGUUAGCAUGAGUUAUCUCCAGGGGCAGACUGACAAUUCAUGGGGCCCCCGGCAAUAGGGGAUCAUGGGGCCCCUGUGUCCUUGCCCAAACUCAAAAAAGCCUAUGAAAAAGGUACCAGAGGCAUCUCAUGGGGCCCCCUACUGACCCCGGGCCCUUGGGCAGUGCCCGAGUUUCCAAAUGGUCAGUCCGCCCCUGGUUAUCUCCCACAUUCCAAA